ACGCACAAAAUCGUAAAUAUAAUAUAAUGGGUGGCUCUACUGCUACUUUUAAAUCCUCCCUUCUUGCUGCUCUGCUCGUUAUUUCUCUUGUUGUGGCGUCCGAGAGCCGAGUGGCAAGGAAAGACCUGGGCCUUGACCUGGGUGGCAUCGGGGUUGGGAUCGGGGCUGGAGUAGGCAUUGGACUUGGUGGCAGUGGUUCCGGCGCGGGUGCUGGCUCUGGCUCUGGCUCAAGUUCCAGUUCCAGUUCGAGUUCGAGUUCGAGUUCAUCUUCAUCUUCUUCUGGGUCGGGUUCUGAUUCCGGGUCUGAAGCGGGCUCGUAUGCUGGGUCUAGAGCAGGAUCGGGUGGUCGCGGAGGUGGAAGCGCUGGAUACGGUGGCGGCUACGGAUCCGGAGGCGGACAAGGCCAUGCAAAAUAAUUACAUCUGAUGAAAUUAUGGCUAAUUAAUUCAUAUCUAAAAUACUACUAGCUAUAAUGGUCGAUGAAGCUUCUCUCCAAUGUAUUAUUGUAUUUUCGUUUUCACAAAUUUAUCAAUCCAAGCCUACGUAUGCAUAUCAGUAAUAAAUUCUACCUUCUAAAGUUCUCCAACUUUU